GAACAUCAACUGACAGGCCAUAAAGUAGCAGUUAAAAUCUUAAAUAGACAGAAGAUUCGCAGCUUAGAUGUUGUUGGGAAAAUUAAACGAGAAAUCCAAAACCUAAAACUCUUUCGUCAUCCUCAUAUUAUCAAACUAUACCAGGUGAUCAGCACACCAACGGACUUUUUUAUGGUAAUGGAAUAUGUAUCUGGCGGUGAAUUAUUUGACUACAUCUGUAAACAUGGACGGGUUGAAGAGAUGGAAGCCAGGCGGCUCUUCCAGCAGAUUCUGUCUGCUGUGGAUUACUGCCAUAGGCACAUGGUGGUUCAUCGAGACCUAAAACCAGAGAAUGUUCUCCUCGACGCACACAUGAAUGCCAAGAUAGCGGAUUUCGGCUUAUCUAAUAUGAUGUCAGAUGGUGAAUUUCUGCGAACUAGUUGUGGGUCUCCCAAUUAUGCAGCACCGGAAGUCAUCUCAGGCAGAUUGUACGCAGGCCCUGAGGUGGACAUCUGGAGCUGCGGUGUUAUUUUGUAUGCGCUUCUCUGCGGCACCCUCCCGUUUGAUGAUGAGCACGUACCCACAUUAUUUAAGAAGAUCCGAGGGGGAGUUUUUUAUAUCCCAGAGUAUCUCCAUCGUUCCAUUGCCACUCUCCUGAUGCAUAUGCUGCAGGUGGACCCACUGAAACGAGCCACCAUCAAAGACAUAAGAGAGCACGAAUGGUUCAAACAAGAUUUGUCCAGUUACUUAUUCCCAGAAGACCCCUCCUACGAUGCUGGCGUCAUUGAUGACGAGGCUGUCAAAGAAGUGUGUGAAAAAUUUGAGUGCACGGAAUCAGAAGUAAUGAACAGUUUAUACAGCGGUGACCCUCAAGACCAACUUGCGGUGGCUUAUCAUCUUAUCAUCGACAAUCGGAGAAUCAUGAACCAAGCUAGUGAAUUCUACCUCGCCUCUAGCCCUCCCACUGGCUCCUUCAUGGAUGACAGUGCCAUGCAUCUCCCCCCAGGCCUGAAGCCUCAUCCUGAAAGGAUGCCGCCCCUUAUAGCAGACAGUCCCAAAGCACGGUGCCCACUGGAUGCACUGAACACCACGAAACCCAAAUCUCUAGCUGUGAAAAAAGCCAAGUGGCAUCUUGGGAUUCGAAGUCAAAGCAAGCCGUACGACAUCAUGGCUGAAGUUUACCGGGCGAUGAAACAGCUGGAUUUCGAGUGGAAGGUGGUGAAUGCCUACCAUCUCCGAGUGAGGAGGAGGAAUCCCGUGACCGGCAACUAUGUGAAAAUGAGCCUACAGCUCUACCUGGUUGACAACCGAAGCUAUCUCUUAGACUUCAAAAGCAUUGAUGAUGAGGUGGUGGAGCAGAGGUCGGGCUCCUCGACGCCCCAGCGUUCCGGUUCUGCCGCCGGCUUAGCCAGACCCAGAUCAAGCUUUGACUCUGCGACUGCAGACAGCCAUUCACCAUGUGGCCCCCUCGCUGGUUCCCUGACCGGGAGCACACUGUCCUCAGCCCCACCUCGCCUGGGCAGUCACACCAUGGACUUUUUUGAAAUGUGUGCCAGUCUGAUCACUACUCUAGCCCGUUGACAAUCUGUCUCUAGUCUCUGUCUUCCUGUUCUUGCACUGUGAAAAUCAGAUACACUCUUGAAAUUCGUGUCUUGCUCACUGUUGGAUCCCACCUGCUCACUAGUACUAAAUGGGAGGCAUAAAUGUCCCUGGGGAAGAGUCAGUGCCAUUGAAAUGGUGGCAAGCAAACCAGCGGGCCCUUUGAUGUAGCUGUUGAAAUCGGUAAUGCUCUCUGGGGCCUACGAUAAAUGCAUGUAGGCAACUUCUUUCAGAGGUGAACAAUAAUGCAGAUUAUUCUUCUUUUAAAAGUGUGUUCGCUACCGGUGGCAGUGACGAACUGUCUUAACCUGAGCGUUUGGCAAGGGUGCUUUGCUCGUUACUGUUUAGGUAAAUCCAACGUAUUUCCUAAAUUUUAGCAACCUUUACAGUUAUAUUUCUGGCCUCAACUCUCUUACCAAGAUAAAAAACAAAACAAAAAAACCCCAAAUCAAUCACUAUGUAAACGUUGAAGUUUUAAAAAGCUGCUCCCCGUAUUUAAGAAGCCAAGUUAUUCUAACAGUUUUUUGUAAACUGCUGCCUCGUGUUUGGUGGAAGGGCUAUGGGCCUUUAAAAGGCAACCAUCCUUCUCUGCUUGUAAUCACCCGUGACGACUCAGGGUUUUGAGGUCUCCCUGUUCAACAUGUUCAUCUGAUGAUCCUUUAAGGUUCCGUCCGUAUUGGAACACCCGGCAUUACACCCACCUUUGCCAUUUCUGUACAUUCAAAACCUGUCCCAGAUUCUUUGGGUCUCAUUUGCUAUUUACCAGGGAGGAGAAACAUAGUUCAAUGAAGGCAAAACCAGCAAGAGGCCUCUUAUAAGAGAGCGCUCUUCUUAUCUUUGUCCUCUUGCUCUGUCUGUUUGCAGGGAAGUGAUAGCUAGUCCUACGAGGCAUUCUCUUGCUACCGACAGUGCUAAUUUUUUAUUUGAAGUUCAAGUCCUUACAACUCCCCUUGUGCCCCCAACCUUCUGUAGUCACCAUUGGCUUUGUUCAUGGUGUGAUCCCCAGAGGCUGAGAACCUUUGUUGGCUUCCUUGGUUGCUAAUCACUCGAUUUGAAUGGCCUGUCUGACUUCGGAGCUUUUGUGUCUAUCCAAAGCCCGACAGGUUGUGUGACUUUUACCGCUGAACCUGAAAGGGCAGGGAAGCCUUAACAUGAAAAAAAGAUCUCUUGAAGAAAUAUAUGUAUUGUGUAUACAUAUGUGUGCGCACACAGUGCUUUUUAAAGGAAAACCACACAGGUUUCUGUUUAUUUUGAUUUGUGCUGGUAAUUUUUAGUUUUUUAAAAAGAACAAAAAUAAUCAAUAUACAGCAGAGUAUCUCAUAGCUCAUUGAUUUUAUUUCAUUGGUUUUAGGAAACGUAUUUAAUUUUUAAAUUAUGUGUAAUUUAUCAAAUUUGUAUUUAUUCAAUUGCUUAAUAUAUAUAAUAGCUAAUCACAUUCACAAGGUAUACUGAGAAAAUCUUAAGAAAAACUUGAAAACAAAAAGUGACAUUGCCUUGACAGGUUUAUCUUUGCCAAAAAACCAAUAUAUUUUUUACCAAGAAGCAAAUGAAAAUGUUAGACCAAAUUGUUUGUUUAUGGAAGACACGUGUUUCUACCUUCAGAUAUUUUAUGGUUUGAGAGUUUGCAGUGUGUCACCUACAUCACAUUAUUUUGUAGUCCGUUUAAACAAUGGUGUUAAGCAACGUGUAAGUCUAACUUCUUAAUAUCAAAAUAAAAGGUCCACUUGUUUGUCUAUUAAAAAAGAGGGCAGGGA